UGGACCAAAUUGAUCAAUAACGGUGUGCUUACAGUACUUCCCAAAACACAAAUUUGUACAUACACGGAAAUCACGAUGUCCCUUCGGUGACUGGCCCAUAUUGGUCAACAGGCUACAGAUCUCUUCUUCUCCAUUCUAUCUGACUAUAAAUUCUUGAUCAGUCCAUCAUCUUGAAAAUUGCAUAAUAAUCAACAGACAAAUUUCUUCAUUGCAAUAACUUUUCUAGCAGUACCCCUUCAGUUUUUCUUACAACCUCAAAUGGCUUCGGGGCUUGCUAAAGGAAAAAAGGCAGCUCAAAUGGCUUCAGUGCUUCCUAAAGGAGAAAUGGCGACAGUGUUAAGUAUAGAUGGAGGGGGUAUUAGAGGAAUGAUUCCAGGCACCAUUCUUGGCUUUCUUGAAACAAAGCUUCAGGAAUUGGAUGGAGCCAAUGCAAGACUUGCAAACUAUUUCGACGUAAUUGCUGGAACUAGCACCGGUGGUCUAGUGACCACCAUGAUUACUGCUCCAAACAAGGAUAACCGUCCGAUGUACGCCGCCAAGGAUAUCAACAACUUCUACUUGGAGAACUGUCCCAAGAUCUUCCCACAAAGCAGCCGAAACAACUUCAUUGCCAAGGUUAAAAGCUUGUUUGGUGCGGUAACCGGGCCCAAAUAUGACGGGAAGUACCUAAGGUCAUUGACAAAGGAGCUACUUGGCAAUAUCACCAUAAAUCAAACCCUAACUGACGUGAUCAUACCAGCUUUUGACAUCAAAUGGCUUCAACCAGUAAUCUUCUCCACUGACGAUGGAAAGGAAAAUGUUUUGAAGAAUGCUCUAUUAUCAGAUAUUUGCCUCGGCACUUCUGCAGCUCCCACAUUUCUUCCGGCACAUUACUUUGAGACUAAGGAUGGAGAUGGAAAGACUCAAAGUUUUGAUCUUAUCGAUGGCGGGGUAGCAGCAAAUAACCCUACUUUAAUGGCCAUAACUCACAUUUCCAAAAAAAUCCUGAUGGGAAAAUUUAAGUUCGUUGACAUGAAACCCAUGGAGAGUAGCAGAAUGUUAGUGCUAUCAUUGGGUACAGGAGCGCCCAAGCUAGCAGGAAAGUAUAGUGCAGCUAAAGCCUCCAAAUGGGGUCGGUUCUGUUGGGUUUAUGACAAUGGCGCGACGCCAAUGUUUGAUGUAUACGGCGAAGCAAGCUCAGAUAUGGUCGAUAUUCACGUUUCCACUCUCUUUCAAUCGCUCCAUUGCAAAAAGAACUACCUUCGAAUUCAGGACGACACAUUAAUUGGUGAUGCAUCUUCAGUAGAUUUUGCUACCACAGAGAAUCUUCAGAAGCUUGUGCAAAUCGGAAACGACCUGUUAAAGAAGCCGGUCUCCAGGGUGAAUUUGGAGACGGGCAGGUUUGAUGAGGUUCAAGGAGAAGGUACGAAUGAAGCAGCUCUUAUCCGCUUUGCAAAGCUGCUUUCCGAAGAAAAGAAGCUCCGGCAAGCCAAUUAAAAACGCCAUUUCAGGAUCAGGCUUUUGCCAUGAAAACGUUUUUAAUCUAUCUGCGUGGUUCCCAUUAUUUGUCAAUAAGAGAGGGCAAGAAAGGCACCCACAAUGCUUCUUUUCUUAUACAUGCAAUGUGUUUGAUGACCUAAACCACCUUAUCCACCAAUCGCCAAUCGCCAGCUGAUUCACCCGCACAAAGAGAGAUUUCACAAUGCGAACAGGAACCGAAGUCGUGGACAACUUUGAAAGGAGUUAUCUGCUGUUAGAUUUUCAACAAAAGCUAGCAAAUGGAGUCCCAUCAUCACACAAGAAUGUGGAACUCUUAUAAAGAAAGAGACGUGCGGGGAAAUCAUAAUGAUAUUCUGGCAUUAACAAGAAGAGCCGAAGAGGAGACUUCACUCGAGGAAUGGUGUGAGUUUCAGUGUCCGCGGAGACAAAGGCUCGUGGUUGAGGCAAGUAGAGAAUUGGCUCUAAGAAGGUUGAAAUAAUCAGAGUGACAAAAUGUUAAGGAAAAGAAGAAAGAAAAAGAAAUUUGUAGGAAAUGUACAAUAAGAUGUCAAAGAAUAAGAUUCAAGGCUAAGGGUGGGAGCUCAAGUGAGUCGCGUAAUAUCCCUAAAGCUCGAGCCAUGUUAAAAGCGACUCUAGUCAAGGUAACCCCCUACAACAAGUGAGAAGAUCAAUAAGUAGCAACCGAAAAUUACUUCUUGAAACCAUCCAUUCUUGCUUGCAUCUGAACUUUUCUAGUAUGGUAGAUAACAAGACUGUUUGGAUGAUACAGAUAUAAUCAAUCAGAUAUUAACUAAUUUCAGCUUGUAAUGGAAUUUAAU